CACUCUUCGUGGGAGUAAGAAGUGUGUAAGUAAAGAAGGGAAGAGAGAAGAGGAGAGAGAGAGAGAGUGAUUCCAGGUCUCUCUCUGCUGCUCUCUCCACUUUGGGUACCCAGCAGUCUGACUCAAUGGGGCUUUAGCACUAAGGGGUUAAAACACGCUAAAAUAAAAUAUAUUUAUUCACCCCCCAAAAAGCCCUUUUUAGUGUUUAGGUUUAGUGCAUUACGACAGACAGACAUUUAGGUUAACUCAUCCAGCACAGUCUCCAGAGGCGGUUCCUUUCUGUGUCUGUCGCCUCCAGAAGGUUCAGUCGGUGUCCUCUCGUCGGCUGGCUUUCUGUGAGAGGAUAACUUCCACCAGAUCCCUCAUCCACAGCUCAAACUCCUGCGACACUAUGGAUACUGGAGAUUGUCCCUUCAGGAAGAAACGGAGACCAUGGCGCAUGGAGCUCUCAUCUUUCGCCUUGGUAACCGUGAUGCUCGUCUUGUGCCAAACGACCGUGGCUCGGGCAGACCCAGUGGACGUGUUGCGGGCUCUGCAGGUUCCCUCUCUCCCCGAGGGCGUGAAGAAAGUCCCGGGCUUCUGCUCAUCCCGUCGCUCCGGCACUCCCGACCACGCUUACCGCAUCACCAAGAAGGCCCAGAUCUCUGCCCCCACCAAGCAGCUCUUCUCAGGUCGGUUCCCGGAGAACUUCUCCAUCAUGGCUCUGGUUAAGGCCCAGGCUGGUCUCCAGGCCUUCCUCCUCUCCGUCUACAGCGAGCAGGGCAUCCAGCAGCUCGGCGUUGAAAUGGGACGCUCGCCUGUUUUCCUGUACGAGGACCAAAACGGCAAGCCGGCCCCCGAGGACUACCCGCUGUUCAGAGGCGUCAACCUGGCUGAUGGCAAGUGGCAUCGCAUCGCUAUCUCUGUUUCAAAGAAAAAUGUGACCCUGCUGCUGGACUGCAAGAAGAAGAUGACCCGCCCGCUGCCCCGCGGCAACAACGCAGAGGUCGACACCAACGGCAUCACGGUGUUCGGAGCCCGUCUGCUCGAUGAGGAGGUUUUCCAGGGAGACAUCCAGCAGCUGCUGAUCGCCUCCAACCCUCAGGCUGCCUACGACUUCUGUGAACACUACAGCCCCGACUGUGACUCCCCACUGCCCAAGAUCCAGUCUCAGGACCCCAACACAUACUACUUUGAUGAGGAGCAGGAUGACCAUGAAUACCCCUAUUAUUAUUAUGAGGAGACAACAGGCGUUCCCUCGUCCUCCUCCUCCUCCUCCUCUGCGUCCCCCUCUCCUCCGCCCGGGGCCCCCGAUCAACAGGAUGUAGACACUGAAUAUUCCGAGGCUGGCCACACCGCUACAGAGACUGAUUAUUACUAUGAGGAGACGGUGCCAGAGGGUGAGGUGAUUGGACAAGAAGAGAUCCCUGCACAGCCCCAGGUGGAGACGACGUUGGUGGGAGAGGAGGUAGACGCCGCCAAGGCAGGCGGUGUGGGCGAGGAGGCCUUCACCGAGGAGUAUGUGACUGGGGACGUGGGCCUCAAGGAAUACGACUAUUCCUACAGGGACUACAGUGAGCCGAUGCCGGAGAACAGAGAGGUCGAUGCCAACAUGGGCCCCGCCCUGUCCGCUGUGACAGACGAGGGAGGCGCUGCCGUCAGAGGAGAGAAAGGAGAGAAAGGAGACCCCGCUGUCCUGGAGCCUGGUAUGCUGAUUGAAGGACCUCCAGGACCCGAGGGACCAUCUGGUCCUACCGGCCCCCCCGGCUCCUCUGGACCUCCUGGCUCCGUCGGUGACUCCGGCGAGAGGGGCGUUCCCGGUAAGGCUGGUCUUCCUGGAGCUGACGGGAUCCCUGGACCUCCUGGAACCUCUGUCAUGCUGCCUUUCCGUUUCGGUCAGAGUGGAGGAGAUAAGGGUCCGUCCGUUUCUGCACAGGAAGCUCAGGCAGCGGCUAUCUUGUCUCAGGCCAGGAUGGCUCUGAAAGGACCUCCUGGACCAAUGGGAUUCACCGGACGCCACGGACCCCUGGGAAAUCCAGGUAGUAAUGGUCUGAAGGGAGAAGGUGGAGACCCCGGUCCUCAGGGCUCCAGGGGACCCCAGGGCAUGAUGGGACAACCCGGCAAAUCAGGAAGAAGAGGCCGUGCCGGUGCUGAUGGUGCCCGCGGGAUGCCAGGCGAGCUUGGAUCUAAGGGUGACCGCGGUUUUGAUGGUCUUCCUGGUUUGCCUGGGGACAAAGGACACAGGGGUGACUCAGGAGUAAUGGGACCCUUAGGACCUCAAGGAGAGGACGGAGAGAGGGGAGACGACGGAGACAUCGGACCCAGGGGUCUCCCAGGUGAACCAGGACCUCGUGGUUUGCUCGGACCCAAAGGUCCUCCUGGAAUCUCCGGACCUCCUGGUGUGCGAGGGAAUGACGGGCCCCACGGUCCCAAAGGAAACCUGGGUCCCCAAGGAGAGCCAGGACCUCCAGGUCAGCAGGGAACCCCAGGAACUCAGGGAUUGGCCGGACCGCAGGGAGCCCUCGGACCCCCGGGAGAGAAAGGUCCAACAGGAAAACCAGGUCUGCCAGGAAUGCCCGGAGCCGACGGCCCUCCUGGUCACCCAGGAAAGGAGGGGCCUUCUGGCACCAAAGGAAACCAGGGUCCCAACGGUCCCCAGGGAGGCAUCGGCUAUCCUGGCCCUCGUGGCAUCAAGGGAGGUCAAGGAAUCCGUGGACUGAAGGGCCACAAGGGAGAGAAGGGAGAAGAUGGUUUCCCUGGAAUUAAGGGAGAUUUCGGUGUCAAGGGAGAGAGGGGUGAGCUCGGAGUAUCAGGGCCGAGAGGAGAGGACGGUCCAGAGGGGCCAAAGGGUCGCGUCGGACCCCCCGGUGAGCUCGGACCACUUGGACUAGUUGGAGAGAAGGGUAAACUCGGUGUGCCUGGACUUCCUGGAUAUCCCGGAAGACAGGGACCCAAGGGAUCUCUUGGAUUCCCAGGAUUCCCCGGCUCAAACGGCGAGAAGGGAACGAGGGGUCUCGGUGGCAAAUCAGGACCAAGAGGACAAAGAGGACCAACGGGCCCCAGAGGACAGAGAGGACCGAGGGGCUCCACCGGCAAACCAGGAGCAAAGGGAACUUCGGGAAGCGACGGCCCUCACGGUCCUUCUGGAGAGAGGGGAUUGCCCGGACCUCAGGGAGCCAACGGUUUCCCCGGACCAAAGGGACCUCCUGGACCACCAGGAAAGGAUGGGCUGCCCGGACACCCUGGACAGAGAGGAGAAGUUGGUUUCCAAGGUAAACUGGGUCCACCUGGGCCUCCUGGAGUCGUUGGGCCUCAGGGUCCAUCAGGAGAGACCGGCCCCAUGGGCGAGCGCGGCCACCCAGGACCCCCAGGUCCACCUGGAGAGCAGGGACUUUCUGGUCCAUCAGGGAAGGAGGGCACCAAAGGAGACCCCGGACCCCCCGGAGGCCCCGGUAAAGACGGACCCCCGGGACUGAGAGGCUUCCCUGGAGAGAGAGGACUGCCUGGAACCCCUGGAGGUGGAGGACUGAAGGGAAGUGAAGGACCUGCCGGACCUCCUGGACCCGCCGGGUCUCCUGGUGAGAGGGGGCAAUCUGGUACCGCUGGCCCUGUCGGACCUCCUGGCAGACCAGGCCCUCAGGGGCCUCCUGGACCCGCUGGAGAGAAGGGAGUUCCUGGUGAGAAAGGCCCGAUCGGCCCGGCCGGUCGCGAUGGAGUGCAGGGCGCCGUGGGUCUGCCUGGCCCUGCCGGAUCACCUGGAAUUGCCGGAGAGGACGGAGACAAGGGUGAGGUUGGAGAACACGGUCAGAAGGGCGCCAAGGGAGGAAAAGGAGAGCAUGGUCCUCCUGGUCCACCCGGGCCAAUGGGUCCUGUCGGUCAGCCUGGUCCUGCUGGUGCUGAUGGAGAGCUUGGACCGAGGGGCCAGCAGGGGCCAUUUGGAUCUAAAGGUGACGAAGGAACCAGAGGAUUCCCAGGAGCCCCAGGACCCAUCGGACUGCAGGGACUGCCAGGACCACCAGGUGAGAAGGGAGAGACAGGAGAUGUUGGACCUCUGGGUCCUCCAGGUCCCCCAGGACCCCGUGGCCCCGCUGGACCCAACGGUGCCGAUGGUCCUCAAGGUCCUCCUGGUGGUUUGGGUAAUCCUGGAGCUCUUGGAGAGAAGGGAGAGCCCGGUGAGAGCGGACCUCCUGGGAUCCUAGGGGAGCCAGGAAAGAAGGGGCCUCGUGGAGAGCGCGGAGAGAAGGGAGAAUCUGGACAACCUGGAACUGCUGGACCUGCUGGAGGACGGGGAGGACCUGGAGAUGACGGACCCAAAGGAAACCCCGGUCCAGUUGGUUUCCCUGGUGAUCCUGGUCCCCCUGGUGAGCUGGGACCCAGAGGUCAAGAUGGCGCCAAGGGAGAGCGAGGAGAAGACGGUGAAGCGGGAGAAUCUGGCUCCCCUGGACCACCUGGUGAGAACGGAUCUCCUGGACCCCUAGGAAAGAGGGGCCCUGCUGGAACAAGAGGACCAGAGGGACGUCAGGGAGAGAAGGGAACUAAGGGAGACUCAGGUGCUGUCGGCCCCCCAGGAAAAACCGGCCCCGUCGGGCCCCAGGGUCAACCAGGAAAACCAGGAACAGAAGGCCUCAGAGGACUCCCGGGAUCAGUGGGUGAGCAAGGAUCUCCAGGACUUGCUGGACAGAAAGGACCACCAGGACCUCUUGGACCUCCUGGUUUGCUCGGUCUGCGUGGAGACCCCGGUUCCAAGGGAGAGAAGGGACACCCAGGUCUUAUCGGUCUCAUCGGACCCCCAGGAGAGCAGGGAGAGAAGGGAGACCGAGGUCUGUCCGGGCCUCAUGGAUCCACUGGAUCAAAAGGAGAGAAUGGAAUGUCCGGAGGUACCGGACCCCUCGGCCCUGCUGGUCCUCCUGGUCUGCCUGGUCCUCAAGGUGUCAAAGGUGCUAAAGGCUCUUCUGGAGGUUCUGGUCCAAAGGGAGAAAAAGGUGUUCAAGGACCUGCUGGACCUCCAGGCCCGCCAGGCGAGGUCAUUCAGCCCCUGCCCAUCCAGAGGAGUCCCAAGUCCAAGCGUUCCAUCGACGCCAGCCAGAUGCUCCCCGAGACCGACAGGCCUGCGUUUGACGCCGCCGGCACUGAGUUCCUGAUGGGCAGCGAGGGCAUGGAGGAGAUCUUCGGCUCCCUCAACUCACUGCGACAGGAGAUCGAGACCAUGCGUUUCCCUCUCGGCACCCAGGACAGCCCUGCCCGCACCUGCCAAGACCUGCACCUCAGCCAGCCGGAGCUCAAAGACGGAGAGUACUGGAUUGACCCCAACCAGGGCUGCUCCAGAGACUCCUUCAAGGUCUUCUGUAACUUCACCAGCGGAGUUGAGACGUGCCUGUACCCCAGCAAGAGCAUCAACACGGUGGCGAUGAGCUCCUGGGACAAAGAGACUCCAGGAUCCUGGUACAGUCAAUUUGCCACCGGGAGUAAGUUCUCCUACGUGGACUCUACCGGUGAGCCCGUGGGCGUGGUCCAGCUGGGCUUCCUGCGUCUCCUGAGCGUCCAGGCCCGCCAGACCCUCACUUACCACUGCCACCGCUCGGUGGCCUGGGCCGACAAGAGCGCCAAGAACAACUACGACAGGGCGCUGCACCUCCAGGGCGCCAACGACGAGAUGCUGAGCUACGAGACCAACCCUUACAUCAAGGCCUUGGUCGACGGCUGCUCUUAUCGUAAGGGCUUCGACAGGACAGUCCUGGAGAUCAACACGCCGCAGGUGGAGCAUCUUCCUCUGCUGGAUAUCAAGGUGUCAGACUUUGGGGAGAGCAACCAGCAGUUUGGCUUUGAUGUGGGACCUGUCUGUUUCCAAGGCUAAAUAACACACACACACUUCCACAAAUCAUCAUGCAAAGAACAACAAAUACUCAACACACACACACACAUGCACUUAGAGACACACUUAUAUAUAAUAUACACGCCAACAUACACGCCCAGUA